GUAGACAAUCAACUCUCCAAUUGCUUGCACAACAAUCGAUCAAUCUUUUUGAAGCGAUUACUCCCUAAUAAGGACUUGAAUGCUAGCGAGACCGAAUCAGUGUUCUCAGUGCUUACUUUUUGCGAGGAUGCAGAUGGUGGUGCGCAUAGGUUUCUAUUGUCUAGGGUGGAGGACAUCAAUGUUCCAGUUUCUAUGAGUGUAAUGAGUGGUGGUGAAGAACUUAGAAUUGUAGGCCAUUGUCAUGGAAUCAUUUGUGUAC